ACCGAGAGGCCGGCCCUGUGUCACCCGAGCUCUGAGGCUCUGAAAGGUCGGUGACUUGGCCGCUCUGAGACCCCAACCCGCCAGAGACAGGCCUGGGAUUCCAGCCCCCUCCCCGCGCGGUCUCUCCAGCACCCGGCGGUCUGCGGAGAGGCGGCCGCUGCUCUCUGGCGCCCCCAACCGGCCGUGGAAGAAAUGGGGAGCCGCAGACCCGCUCGCGUCCUGGCCCCAGCGCGCAGGGAGAGAGCGGAUCUAGCCAGGGGGCCUCCAGAGUCAGGGUCCUCGGGCCGCACCCUGCGCAGUGCUCCUGCGGCUCCAGGCUCCGGGCUCGGUCACCCCGGGCGGGAGCCAGUCAGCCUCGGACCCUCGCCCCACGCGGUCCUUUCCAGCCUCGGUGUUCCCGCCUCUGCCCUCGGGGCGACGAACGGAGCCCGUCGUCGCGGUGCAGCGGCCGGCCUGGGAAGGGUGGACGGGAGCGCCGCGCCCGAGUAAUGCUGCGGCCCAGAGAGGAAGGGGUGUCGCCUGCAGGUCACCCAGAGGACACCGGGAGGGGAAUUCCUGGGGUGGGAGUGAGGCGAGGUGGAUAAAGUGGAAGCAGUGGAGGCUAGACCUUGGGUAGGACGCACUGCGGCCUGACCUUCCAGGGCCACCAACGGGGUGCGGGAGAGGAGGGGACCGCUCACAGGACCCCUCCGCACGCCUCCAGCCCGUUCCCCCUGCUCCCAGCGCUCCCAACCCCAGCGCUCCACGACCGCUGGACGCCCUGUCGGGUCCGGGUCUGGUAGAGAGGAAGGAGCCCCGCGGAGGCCUAGAGGGACUCGGGGGCUGGCGGGGGGCCGGCGCGGGUUCCGCGGCCGGGUCCCCGCACUGGGCACGCCCCGCCGCCUUCCUGAGCUCUCCCAGAAGAUGUCGGGAGCUAUCUUCACGCCCCUGGAGGGCCUGGGUGCCCUGGACGCCGCGAGCGGCCACCCGCUGGUGUGCCCACUGUGCCACGCACAAUUCGAGCGCCCCUGCCUGUUGGACUGCUUCCACGACUUUUGCACCGGCUGCCUGCGCGGUCGCGCCACGGAUGGCCGCCUCUCCUGCCCGCUGUGCCAACGCCAGACGGUGGUGAAGGGCCCCAGCGGGCUCCCUCCGGUGGAUCGGCUGCUGCAGUUCCUGGUGGACAGCUCGGGGGAUGGCUCGGAGGCCGAGCAUUGUGCCAACUGUGACCUGGAGUGUAACAAACAGGAUGCAGAGACCAUGUACUUCUGCAACACGUGUGGGCAGCCGCUGUGCGCGCGCUGCCGCGAUGAAACGCACCGGGCACGCAUGUUCGCGCGCCACGACAUCGUGGCCCUGGGUCAGCGCAGCCGCGACGUGCUCCAGAAGUGCACGCUGCACGCUGAGCCCUACAUCAUGUUCUCCACCGACAAGAAGUCGCUGCUGUGCAUCCGUUGUUUCCGGGACAUGCAGGGGGAGAGCCGGGCGCACUGCGUGGACCUCGAGUCAGCCUACGUGCAGGGCUGCGAGCGGCUGGAGCAGGCGGUGCUGGCCGUGAAGGCCCUGCAGACGGCCACCCGGGAGGCCAUCGAGCUGCUGCAGGCCAUGGUGGAGGAGGUGCGGCGCAGUGCCGCGGAGGAGGAGGCCGCCAUCCACGCCCUCUUUGGCAGCAUGCAGGACAGACUGGCCGAGAGGAAAGCGCUGUUGCUGCAGGCUGUGCAGAGCCAAUAUGAAGAGAAGGACAAAGCCUUCAAGGAGCAGCUCUCCCACCUGGCCACUCUGUUGCCCACCCUGCAGGUUCACCUGGUCAUCUGCUCUUCCUUCCUCAGCUUGGCCAAUAAGGCUGAGUUCCUGGACCUGGGCUACGAGCUGAUGGAGAGGCUGCAGGCCAUUGUCACCCGUCCCCAGCACCUCCGGCCAGCGCAGAACAGCAAGAUCACUAGCGACCACCACGCGGAGUUUGCACGCUGCCUGGAGCCGCUGCUGCUGCUGGGCCCCCGACGGACAACAGGUGCUGGGAGCGGCACCAGCACGCUAGCAUCGGGCUCAGGCCCCAAGGUGCUGAUGGGGUCCAGCUGCCCUUCCCCAGCGGGAAGGAUGUUGGGGUCUCUGGUCCGAAAGCCCACGCUGCACCGGUCCAUCAGCACCAAGGUGCUGCUGGCGGAGGGGGAGGACACGCCAUUCUCAGAGCACUGCCGCCGCUAUGAGGACUCCUACCGGCGCCUGCAGGCAGAGAUGCAGAACCUGAAGGACCAGGUCCAAGAGCUGCACCGGGACCUCACCAAGCACCACUCGCUCAUCAAGGCGGAGAUCAUGGGAGACAUCCUGCGCAAGUCCCUGCAGGUGGACGCGCAGAUUGCCUCGGAGUACGCUUCCCUGCAGGGGAUGAGAGCAGUCUUCCAGGAGAUUUGGGAGGAAUCCUACCAGCGGGCGGCUAACGAGCAGGAGAUUUACGAAGCCCAGCUCCAUGAUCUUCUCCAGCUGAAGCAGGAGAAUGCCUACCUGACCACCAUCACCAAGCAGAUCACGCCCUACAUCCGCUCCAUUGCCAAGGUGAAGGAGCGGCUGGAGCCCAGGCUUCAGGCGCCCGCAGACCCACAGUCGGAGCAUCUACAAAACACGCACGAUGACAGCGCCAGUGGAGACACACAGGCCAGGAACGACCCGGUGAGUGUCACAGAGAAGAGAGAGAAAACAUCAGAAGCUAGAGGGAGCGGCCGGACUCUGAGCAGCCCCACAGAAGAGACUCUGCUGAAGAGGAAAGACGCCCCCAGACCCAGACAGGACGGGGGUGACGUCCCCCCGUGGAGGGAGUGUCCGACUUAGCAAAUGGGACCGGCCCGGAGGGGUGGGCGUUUUACAGCCCACACAUCAAGAUUGGGAUAUCUGAGACAAGGCUGUUCCCUUCAUGAAACAAAGAGUCAUCACUGAACAGCAGAGAAACCCAGAAACUCUGACAGGCCCUCAUUUCAGAUUCUUCCGCCUUAACUAAGCUUCACUCUUCCCGGUGUCUGCACUGCACUGCAUGAAGCCCUGGUCCUCCUCAGGAGGCUGGGGACUGGGGAUGGCAUCCCGGGCCACGUGGAAAAGCCCCUCGCUGCUCAGGCGCCUCCCAGGCGUCUGUGGGCCCAGCGGGCACCACCCCGAACCUGAGAUCGUGGGACUCUGGCACAGUGCAGCGCUUCCCCUGCCUCAAAUUCAUCGUCCCUGAGCCACAGCCCCCCUGCUAGUAAGCUGUGCCCAGUACCCUGGGCACAGACUCAAAACCGUGGCUCCGGUUUUCUCCUUUCGCACAAGGACCGAGCUCACAGAGCAGAGAAGCGGCUGGCGGCGUGUGUGGCAGGAGGCGGCCACAACUUCUCCGCUUUUUCCUGCUUUUCCAGACGACGGUCACUCUCGCGUGUUCACCUUCUAUCGAUAGUAAAGGAUGACCCCAAAGUGACUUUUCUCCAGUGGUUUCCACUCCUGCGUGGUGCCCUUUCUCUGAGAUGGAAUUUCACCAAUGUUUAAGGAGGAAAAUUAAUCUGGAUGACCUAAAACUUCAUUUUGGAGAUAAAAAGUCCACAGUCACAUUUUAAGCAGAUAUCCAGCUUGUUCAAUGGUUUCCAGCAGCAAAUGGCUUCCAUGUGCCAGGGAGACCGGCACGUCAGUACCUGAGAGCAUCACGUCCACGUCCAGAGCCUCUGCCCCUGCUGUUCUGGGGCACAGACACGCUCGUUCCACAGCCUCACAAACCCCCGGGGGCCUACAG